UGGGCCAAGUCACCUGUGGUCAGGAGAAGAUGGAGAGGGCCAAGCCUACACCGCCGGAGCCGCCGGCCGGCGGUCAGCUGGAAUCGGAUCUCCUCCGCAUCAUGCAGCAACACCACCACCAAUCCCUCCGCCAACGUCAACAAACCGAGAGGGCGAAGAAGAGCGCCCUGAGCAGCGCGGCGCGUGUGGCGGGGCACCUGGUGGACGCCGUGGACGGCGGCGUGCAGGAGCUGUUCGUCAACGAGAAGCGCGUGGAGGCGGAGGCCCGCGCGCUGCUCGCCGCCGUCGCGCGCUACCGGAAGCAGACCGACCAGUGGCUCGCCGCCACCAACGCCGUCAACUCCGUCCUCAAGGAAAUUGGAGAUUUUGAGAACUGGAUGAAGAUCAUGGAGUUUGACUGUAGAAGUAUCAACGCUGCAAUCCGGAACAUUCAUCAGUCGUGAUUCUGCUUGGCUCCUGCAACAGUGAUGUUACCCAGUCUAUUGAGAUCUUGUGGUCAAAGUACUAGUACUACAUGGCUGCUGGACGAGGAGCUGCGGCUAAUGGAAAAGGGCAAGAGGAGAAAAUUUGCUUAUUGUUGUUGACAGUCUGAAGGCGGGGGAUGCGAGAAUUUGGUUCCGAAGAAUCAUAGCUUUUGCUGGAUACUUCCUCCGAUCCUAAAUUCUUAUCGUGGUUUUAGUUCAAAUUAGAAUCGGCCGGAGGGGGUACAUUGUAUCUAGAGCCUGCUUAGUGCCCCUGUGGUAUUAUAUUACAGUACUGUGCACAAUGCUAUAUAGAGUGUCGAAGAUUAUGUGGUUUGCGGAGGAAGUGCUCAUCGCAUUAACUUGUUAAUUUGGCACGUGAUUCUUAUAUAUCCACUAACUCUUGACUCACA